CAAAACUUUCUUUAUGUAAAAUUGUUUUUACUAUUUUUCUAUUGCUUUUUUCUUCGUGUUUGUGCUUUACACAAAAAUAUAAUUCAAUCUAAAUUGAAACAAAUAUACAUAUCAGAAAAACAUCAAGUCUUUAAACUUCAGGGGUAUCGGGUGCUGCAGAAUAAAUGAGUCUCUCAGUCUUUUGAUUAUAGCUUUUUCUUCUUUAAAGAUACAAUUAUUUCUUCUUUCUAAAGGUUCACCGUUUUAUUUUCUACAAAAAAUAUAUUGAACAAUUUUUUACAUACACUAAAAAUAAAGGAAUGUAGAUGAAAUUUCAAUUCAUUACUUUCCAAUCCAAAAAACGCCUUUUUAAGUUUCAGUCCUUUUAAUUUUAUGAAACGAAAAAGUAGAAGAUGUCCAUUUUGUUUGGCCAAAUUUAAUUAUAAAAUAAUUAUAAAAUUUUACGUGAGAUACAUGUCGAAUACUUGUAGUAAUCGACAGUGCCUUGUAGAAGAAAUGUCUAUGGUACCACUAAGCAUCAAAUAAAAUGUCUCAUGUGAGGUUUUGAUUAAAAUUGUCUAAAAUGUGUACCCUUCUCGUCUUCCUGUCAGUACUGUUCCUAAUAAUAAUUUCAUUUAGUGCUAUUUCUGUUUUUAGGAUGGUCCAUGUCUUCAUGGUUAUAACAUUCUAGAUAGAGUGCAAGCUUUCAUAAGGCUGCUGACGAUGAGGCAGGAGGUUUUGCAACAGAUCAUAUAAUAAUGACAAUGGGUAGUCAUUUUCAACAUGAAAACUCAAAUGAAUGCUUUAAAAAUUUAGAUAAAUUAACACUAUGUCAAUCAACAGUAAAUACUAGCGAUGUCAGUGUCUUUUAUUCAACACCGUCAUGCUAUUCGUACGUAUUGAAUAAAGCUGGACAUACAUGGAGAUCAAAAAUGGAUGAUUUUUUUCCAUAUGUAAACCACCCACAGGGUUUUCGGACUGGUUAUUUUACAUCACGAGCAGCAGUGAAACGUUUUGAUCGUCAUUCAAAUAAUAUAUUCCAGGCAACAAGACAAUUAAAUGCUUAUGCGGCCAUUAACAAUCACGCUAAUCUGUUUUUCUUAAAUAAAGCUUUGGGAAUAGCACAACAUCAUGAUGUGGUUAGUGGAACAGAAAAACAGUAUGUGGCAGAUGAUUACGUUAUGCGAUUGGCAUAUGGCAUUGACAAGGCUUUUUUUGCAUUGACAUCAUAUAAUCCGACAGUUCAUCCGCGAAUACAUUUUGCUCGUAUACCAGUUACUCGUUAUUAUACAAUUAGGCAUGCAACGGUUAUUUUAUCGGAGCUCUUGGCCGCAGUAGUUUUAAAAAUCGGAGAAACCUUUUAA